UGCACGUGUCUGUAACAAGUGAGCUUAAAUCAUUUUAAUAUAUUAUAUUAAAUUGUGUUUCGGGUAUCAUUAGUUCAAAAAACGGAAAGGAAAGUCGAACAGGAGUCCCGUUUCCUGAUUUCUCACAUCACCUCGGCAUAUUCAUCAGAAAUACAAUGGUCAACCAAUGCUGAUGUUUCCACACUUCACAUCACCUACUACUUAGGAGAUUAUUCGCAUGAUGCUGCCGUCCACUUACCUUUCCAUAGCCGCUCAUCAGUUCGAUAUCUUGAUACGCGUUCGGGGCCACCGAGGAUGUUGACGUCCUUCAAGUAGUCCUGGCAGCUGUCAGGAAGCAUUCACUUGUACGCAUUUCAACGACCGACGCUGUCAGACGGAUGACCCUUCCUUGAUUCUUAGCUAGUGGCGACAUAUUACAGAGGAACUCCAGAGCCCUUCCAAUUCGAGAAAGGAGGAGGAAGAAAUCGAAGCGGAUAGAAAGAGCGAAGAAAAUGGUAUCGUCAGCAAUUUUUGGAGCUGCUACCGGGACUGGUUUGGCCUUGGUCGUCGCGAUGACAAUAGUGAUCUACCGAUAUUACGCGGUUAAACGAAAGGGGAAAUACUGGAGCAAUUUAGAUCGUUGGCCUGAUCCUCCAUCGAUCCCGAAGAAACCGGAUAAUCGACAGGAGAAUUGUCACCAUCACUCGCACGAUACGUCCUCCUCUCAUGUAUUGAAUUGUUGGCGACAACAGCAGAAAAAUUACUACGCGGUACAGACUGGGGAAUUCAACAUCGCUAAAGAGCAACACGCUGUGCAACCAUGUUCGUCGGUGGUGGUUGAAUCGGGAGGAUUGCCACAUCAAAGUCGUAGUUAUCCCGGCGGUAGCGGCGGAACCGGAAACAUGGGACGAUUAUUCACGAGGAAUUCGUCGGUUAGCUCUCAAAGCUCUUUGGAAGGAGCUUCAGGACCUCCAGGACCAUCCGUUCAUCGUGGUUCUUCGUCUCAAAUUCGAGCCUUUGGACCUGACGGACGAUACCAUCAUCAUCGCGAUCCACUACACGCUGCCUCCUCUUACCCCCCAAGCAGAAGUUCAAGAUCACCAUCACCUGGUCGCGCAGCAUCGCUAGACGCACGCUGUGGAAGUCCAGCCAGUUGUUCCGGAAGCCUUCUGAGCAGUAAUGCAUCACCCUCUCAGAGCUCACUGUCCUCUCUGGCAACAGGUGUGAGCUCUUCCUGUGGUGGUUCUUCGAUAAGCGUUGCCCACGUUGCUUCCAGAUCAGCUGGCCGAAGUCUAUCACCGCUUCUUAUUCCGCCGUCACGCACUUCCGGAAGCGAUGGUGGACCACCUCCUCCAGCUUCACCCUUGGGUUCCAUACAACCUGAUCUUUAUCAACGAAGAGAUGGUCCUCUUUACCUCAAGGCUCGCGGACAUGGAAAAAGCUUGGGUCGGCUGCACUUGCGGUUCAAGUACGACUUCGAUCGAUCGGACUUGCACGUUCAUUUGAUCGAGGCUCACGAUCUGGCUGGAAGCGAUCGAGGAGGAUUCAACGACCCUUACGUGAAACUAACACUCAGCCCUGAAGUGGAUUCAAGGAAACGACAAACUCAAAUACACCGUAACGAACCGAAUCCCUUCUUCGAUCAGCAAUUUAAAUUUCCUGUCAGCAGCGAUGAACUUCAGGAUAAGAUCUUAGUUUUACAAGUUCUCGAUUACGAUCGCUUUUCUAGAAAUGACAUAGUUGGUUCCGUUAAGAUACCACUGCAUCUUUUGCAAUUAGACUCCCCUACAUCAACCGAGGAAGUUUGGGGUGAGAUCGAACGCGAACGAAAGCCACCGGAACAAAUUCAAGAAGUACUACUAUCGCUCUCUUAUUUGCCAAGUGCCGAGGAAUUGACAGUGCUCAUUCAGAAAGCGAGAAAUCUGUUUCCACCACAGGAGAAAGAAACCUUAGAUUCCUUCGUGAAAGUAAAUCUUCUUUGCGGAGAGAAAAGAGUGAAGAAGAAGAAGACUACCGUAAGAAAAGCAACGACCUGUCCUGUUUGGGAUGAGGCAGUUUACUUUAAUGUUCCUGUCAAUACACUCGCAUCAUCCGCUAUUGAGGUAUGCGUGAUGGACUCGAGCAAUGAGUUUAUCGGGGGAAACUUGAUCGUCGGAUCCUGCAUCGUUGGUCCUGCCACAGGAAUCAUCCCAGGCGGAGAAGCGAGUGGGGGCCAAGGAAGAGAGCACUGGCUUCAUAUGACUCAAUCGCCCAGAAAAACCAUUGCUAUGUGGCACACGUUGCACUAAAAUCAUUCCUUACUCUGUUUCCAGUUGGAAACGUGACGAAAAAUAGUUAAAAAAAAAAGGAAAAGAAGAAAGAAUCAUGGACGCGUUUGUUUCGUCCAAGUCGGAUCAGGGAUGGAGAAUAUACAAUCAAACGUAUAGGGUAAAUAAUCGGUAAAAAUGUAAGCAAACGUAGCAGUGUGUUAUAUGUGAAACCGCUUCUAUGGAUGUAUUCGAAGACCACUAACGAAAAGGAGAACCGCAAAAAGAGUACGUACACUCACCGUGUUA